CGCAGCCCGAGCUCUAUCCGGAUCCACGAGGCGCGCGAGCCCGGCUGGUCUCAGUCCCUCGCGGGAGGCGGGCGGGGGUCCUCGAGCGCAGCUGCCCCUACCCUCGGAGCAGCGGUGGUAGCGCUCGAACCUGGCUCCCGGAAGAGACGGCGCCCUGGACCCUGUGCACUCCUGCACUUCCGCUUUCCGGCCUAGCCAGCACCAGCAAUGACUGCCACUCUCCGCCCCUACCUUAGUGCCGUGCGGGCCACGCUGCAGGCUGCACUUUGCCUGGAGAAUUUUUCCUCCCAAGUUGUGGAGAGGCACAACAAGCCAGAAGUGGAAGUCAGGAGUAGCAAAGAACUCCUGUUACAACCUGUGACCAUCAGCAGGAAUGAGAAGGAAAAGGUUCUGAUUGAGGGUUCCAUCAACUCUGUUAGAGUCAGCAUUGCUGUGAAACAGGCUGAUGAGAUUGAGAAGAUCCUUUGCCACAAGUUCAUGCGCUUCAUGAUGAUGAGAGCAGAGAACUUCUUCAUCUUGCGCAGGAAGCCUGUGGAGGGUUAUGAUAUCAGUUUCCUGAUCACAAACUUUCAUACAGAGCAAAUGUACAAACACAAACUGGUGGACUUUGUGAUCCACUUCAUGGAGGAGAUUGACAAGGAGAUCAGUGAAAUGAAGCUGUCGGUCAAUGCUCGUGCUCGUAUUGUGGCAGAGGAGUUCCUCAAGAAUUUUUAAAGCAUCUGACUGGAUCUCUCGGCUUCUCCCUCUCUCAUCCUCUCCUAUCUCUGCAAAGCUGCCCUGGUGGAGCUCUGAAGAAUGCUGGGGCGAGGGGGAGGAGCAGGGGUUGGGGAUGUAGGCCCGGGAUGGAGAGCUUGCUAUCUGGAAGAGAAAAACAGCAGUAGACCUGCAAGGCCAAACCCAGUGGGUCCACCUGGCCAUCCAUGUUCAGUCCCCUGGGCUGGGACAGGUUUUUUUUUUAAUGUCUUGAAAUUUAAAACUCUGUGCUUGUAGGAUACUGUAACCUUUUGUCUUUUUUUAAACAAACAUAACCACCUCCAGUUGCUUUACUGGUCGAUGUGGGUCUGGGCGGGCCUGGAGCCAAAAGGUGACUGUGGCCUUCCUCCUCCCCUCCCCAGAUGUGCAGGGAAGAGAAGUUCAGACUAUUCUUCCUUUCCCUUUCUUCCCAGGGGCUUCUUGGCUUUCUGAGGUCUGCCUGAGGGGUGCUACCUAAAGAUGGCUUGUGGUAGGGGUAAAGUAUAAUGAAAGGCCCCCAUUGGGCCCAGGAGCCCAGAACAGAGGCAGGUUCUUCCAUGGGGAGGGGAACCUCUGUUAAUAUCUGCCUUCUGGGGGCCCAUCACUGCCCUUGCUAGAAGUCCCUAGUAGCCGCCCCUGCCAAUCAAUGCUCCCACCCCUUUGCCUGCCCUCACUUCCGCUCUUGCACUCAUUGUGACUUUUCUGAACCUGGUGACCUCACACCCCAUUAAAGUCUUUUCCUGCCCUCUGAGGGGCUGCAUGA